GGGUCUAUUGAUCCGUUUCAUUCAUUCAUUGAGUGCUGUUUUUGAUACGAGUAACCAAUUUUCAUAUUUCUUCCAUUUUUCUUUGAAAUUUCAAUCAUAAUAUCUAUAUCAUGCGUCAAUCAGUCUUUGCCCUUGCGGCUCUUUCCUUAUGGCAGAGUUGUACUGCUCAAGCUACCAAAGAAACUCUAGUUCCAUAUCAUCCGAGAGAUCUAGGUCUUCAGAGAAGAGAUGCACCACCUAGCAUCACUCUUCAAAAUGAGCUCAGUCUUAUCUGGGGAUCGGCAAAUGGUUCAACUUUUGUCAAUGUAACCCUUAACACAGGCGAAACCGAACUUGUCAUUUCUACCGAACAUUUUGCCGAUAGUCUCACAGACGUGCAAUGCAAUGGUGACCUUGUUCUUACCUUCAAAGACAAUGCUACUUUCCAAGAUGCCAUUUCUGAUUGGGCCUGGGUCAAUUUUCAUGAUAAUCGUACAUUUUUCAUGAUCAAUAACUGGGGUCCAUGCGCUGCUGCGUCUGAAUCUGGUAGACAGCCAUGGAUUGUUCACGGAGUCGAUGUCUAUGAUGAGCAAAACUUCAUCGUCAACUUCAAUGCUUCUCUUUCAGACUGGGAUGAUGUCAUGACUGGUGCUGUUAUCGAGUUCGGUUCUAUGUCAGCGUCCACUGCAUCCAAGAGAACCGACACUGUUAGCAAAACCCUAUCUCUCAGCGUAGCUCACAGCCUUCCUCAGACAUUUUUCAGCAAAUCUACCAACAAUGGACUAGACUUCUCCAUCGACUGUCCCGGUUGUGCUACCACCGGUACUAUCGAUGUUCAAGGAAAGAUUGUUAUGAACACUGUCAUCGGCAUUCCAACCAGCGUCAAGUCUAUCUCUCUUACUGCCACCCCAAAAGGUGUGGGUGCUAACUUAGCUCUUGGAUUCUCUGUUUCUGGUACAUUAGGUAGUGGAUGGACCAAAGACUGGAAUUUGGUUACUGUUGGUCUUCCAGGAUGGUCUAUUCCAAAGAUCAUCGACUUGGGUCCUCAAUUCACCGUCGAUGCCGGUUUCACUCUCAGCGGUAUCGAAGGAAGUGCUUCAAUCAGCGCUGGUGUCAACAUUGCCAUUCCAGAUUCUUCUUCCGCUGUUCUUGGUAUCGACGGUAUGGAUUCUAGCUUCAGCGGCUGGGUUCCAAAAGCUACCCCUCAAACUCCCAAGGUCAGCGUUGAGGUUGAUGGAAGCUUGGAAUUGUACACCGAACUUGGUCUUGAUAUCGGACUUACUGUUCUCAGCAAGUGGGGUUUCGGAGGUGGACUUUUCCUCAGAAUCCCAGAGGUCAGCAUUGAUCUUGGAGCCGAAUUCAACACUCAAGGUGUAUGCCCUGGAUCAGCCGAUGUUUUCGGUGUCAAGUUAGGUGCAACUGUUGGUGUCGACCUUAACCUUGGUGUUUACACUGAAUCUGGCGGAGACAAGAGUUGGAAGGCAAAGAAAUCCAUGUACACCAACAGCAACUUGAUCACUCCCAUUGACAAAUGUUUCCCUCUCGGCCCAACUCUUCCAGCUAGUGUUAAGGGUGUCGCUAUCAAGACUGUUGGUACCGUUCCAGUUUCUUCUGCUAAGGCCGUUUCGACCACCAAGGCCGCUGCUACUACCAAGGCUACUACCUCCGCUAAGCCAACUAGCGCUGCCUCUUCAUCUAAGGCAUCAGCUGUUUCUGCCAGUGCCACUGUUAAGACUUCAGGAUCAGCAUCCGCUACUAGCAUCAAGGUCUCUGGCACCGGUGCAUCUUCAUCUAUCAAGGCCUCGGGAACCACUGUAUCUUCUAUUAAGGUCUCUGGAACAGGAGUCUCUUCAAGCAAGAUCAUUGGAACCGCUGCUUCUUCCUCUGCUCACGGAUAUGGAUCUACUCCAGCUUCUUCCUCUGCUCACGGAUAUGGAUCUGCCCCAGCUUCUUCUUCUGCUCACGGAUACGGAUCUGCUCCAGCUUCUUCCUCUGCAGUUGGAUAUGGAACUGCCCCAGUCUACCCUACGACUACAAAACUCUCCGAGACUGGAGUCGUUUCAUCUAGCAAGGUCGCCGGUACUGGUGUCUCCUCGGCUCCCUCUUACGGUGCCCAUCCUGAUACUACCGCUUCAUCUAUCAAGGGUGCCAGUACCUCAACUGCCAAGACUUCUGGCACUGUUGUGAUUAGCAGCUCAGUUUACAUCUCCGCUUCAGGAGUUAGCUCAGUCAAGACUGCUAUCGGUUCAUCUGCCUCAUCUGUACUCGGACUUGAGACUAGCAAAGUUUCCUCUUCUUCAGCUAAGGCAACCACAACAGCCGGUGCUCCAGUUUACGGAGGAUCUUCCACUUCUUCCGCUCUUGGUCUCGAGACAAGCAAAGCUUCUUCAACUGCUGUCUCUUCCACCAAAGUUUCCAGCACAGUCCUAGCAAGCUCCACCUCAACCAAAGCCUCCACAACAGUCAUUCCAACCAAGACAGCUACCGGAAGCGUUGCCCCAGCCCCAACAGCCACCGGCACAAUCUCCACCUGUGACAAAUGGGUCACUAUCGAAGAUGACAGCUGCUCUUGCACCAACAUUGAAAACUACUACGGUGUCAGCGCCGCUAACCUCAACCUCUGGAAUCCUGCUCUCGGAAGCGAGUGUAAGUUGACCAUUGGACAAGCCGUCUGUAUUGGAGUCAAGGGAGCCUACAAGCGAUCUGUCAAUGGCCGUCUUGCUCGAUUCGUUGAUGCUUAAUUGAAAUACUCUGUACGGAAGUAAUAAAGGGCGGUAUUAGAUGUGAUAUGAAUGAUAUUUGAAUUUUUGGAAGGAUCAAUGGAUUGGAUUUUUGGAUUUCUUUAUGUUUCUUUUUUAUUUUCUUAGGGAUUGGAUUGGGUUAGAUCGAAUCGGAUCGGCCGGUAUGCAUGGCUGGAUUUGGUAGGGACUUAUUUAUUGCAUUGUUGCAUUUUUGUAUGAAUAGAAUUAAAAGAUUGGGGAUGAAAGAAAAUGAAAUUUA